UACUCGGGGGCGGAGUUUUCACUUCUAUUUAAAGUGAGGCGGUGCGUCGAGUUGAAGAGUAGUUUUAGCUCUGAGCAGCGAAGACCUGGAGAGAGUUACCGAAGGGGGGGGAACCUUUUGUUUGGAAUAGAGGACAGUGAAACACGCAUGGAGAGGAAGAUCAAUUAGCCGUGCGCGCCCGGAAAUACGCAGAAGCAGCAUUCCAUGCCUCUCGCGUGCCUCUCCCGUCCUUGAUGGGCAACCAACUGGACCGGAUCACACACCUGAGCUAUAGCGAGCUACCCACUGGGGAUCCGUCGGGCGUGGAGAAGGACGAGCUGCGCGUCGGUGUCGCGUAUUUCUUUUCCGACGACGAGGAGGAGCUUGACGACCGGUCGCUCGAACGCAGCCCGGACGAGGAAGGCGUCGUGGACACGCUGGAUGAGCUCGAGUACUCGGCCUUUUGCUGUCACGAAUGCAUCUUCUCCAAGGUGCGCGCGCGCGAGGACCUGCGCGUGUACCCGGUGCCCACGCUGCUCUCCAUGUGCAAGCCGGGCGACGUGCUCGAGCUGGUGGCGAGCGCUCAGGCGCCGCACUGGGCCGUGUUCGAAGGCGAGGACCAGGUGAUCCACCUGCACAAGGGCGAGAUCCGGAAGGACAGUCUGUUUGACGUGAGCGGCGGCCGCCGCGGGCGCAUCGCUAACGACCGCUACCGCUUCCGGCCGCUGCCGCCCGACCUGGUGGUGCGCAACGCGAGCAGCCAUCUGGGGCUAAACCACGCCGACGUGUGCUGGACGAGCUCGGAGAGCUUCGCCGCGUGGUGCCGCUUCGGCAAGCGCGAGUUCAAGGCGGGCGGCGAGGCGCACUCAGCCGGCCAACGCUACCUGCUCAAGGUGCACCUCUCAGAGAGCACAGUGCACACGCUCGUCUUCCGCAGCCUCGAGGAGCUCAUACGCGAGCGAAGGCGCGUGGACGCCAGCGGAAUUCUGGAGGAGCUUUCACUGCUCGACGGAAAACAAUGAACGGAUUUGCGAGGUCAAGUUUUUUUGUGUUUUUUUUUUCUUUUUUUCUUUUUAUUAUUAUUUAUUUGUUUUUGUUUUUUUUUUGAGAAAAGCAUCACGGACACAGUAUCGGGACUGCGCACGCGCCUGCGGCAAGGGCUGCUCGUACCCUUCAUGCAAGACUUUUGAGGAAUGUGCGCUUUUGAUUUUAAAGCUCACUGUUUGCAAAGACAACGCCCUUUUGGGCUCGUGCCGUGUGAUCUGGUGCACUCCGAACACCACGGACCUUGCUUCAACAGAGUAAACCCAUGGCCAUUGAUCAUAGCGCAUAUUGGACGCUGGGAAGUUCACCCGAGCCGCACAGGCGCUGGAACGGAUUGUGGCAGAUGGUGCGCUCCGGAUUCUUCCUUUCUUUUGUUUUAUUAUAAAUAUAUUUUUUAUUUCUUCUUCUUCUUUUUUUUUUUAACUCCCAAACCUUUAGCUUUAAAGACGAGUCGCGGAGGUCACGCGCCACUGCGUAAAGACUGCAAUCUAAACACGGCGACCUUUACACACGUCUGGCUUUUCUUUUACGACAACACGCAAAAAUGUACAUUUAUCCUCAUUUCUUUUUUGGAGCCCAUAUUUUUGUAUUUUAGUUAGGCAACAGAGUCUUUGUUUUAUUGAAAAUAAAACUUAGAUUGCUCUCUGAAGCGUGUAUUCACUCUGUUACUUUGCACGAGUGGUUUUGCUGGCUGAGCUGCAUCUCAACGAGCACAACAAAUCCCUCACGAGCCUUGUACAUGCUUUAUAUGCAUCUCUGCACGUACAAUUCAAUCAGGAGAGUUUUUUUUCCGGCUGUAUUAGUAUGCAUUAGAUGGAUAAUGCAAAGCUCUGAUCUCCUACCUGGUGUUCUGGCUUGUAAUAUGCUUAGCAUAUAAUAAACCUAGGAUCCUCAAGUGCAGAUUGCCGAUCUGGUGAUUAGCUGUCAUGCACAUUAGCUGUUGUGUUACUAGCGUGUGGUUGUCAGACUUUGAAGUAUGAAACUUUUUUUUAAAGCUGGGAAUCCCAGUACUACAGUACAUGAAAGGAGCUCAUGCAGCCUUAAACAAGAAGCAGUUUAUUCAUUCAAUCAUUUGACUUUUUUGAGUCUCCCAUUGUUUUGAUGAUGAAAUCCAGAUUCUUUCCUGUGGAUACUGGAGCUCACAUGAUUGCUGCACGUUGAUGAACAUGGCUAUUGAGGAUAAUUUGGUUUGUGCUACUUGUAGAAAACAGAUUAUGCUGCAUUAGCCUUUUUCAGGGGCCAAUUUAUGAUCAUUAAACUGUCAUCAAGUGAAGGUUAAAGGUUAGACUCUUGAACAGCUGCGCUACAGUACUGUUUCUUUCCUCAAGAUUUAUAAGUGCUAUAAGUGCUGCUGGGUCCAGAAAGUACUUAUCCAAAUCUGCGAUAGUUUUUUGUGGCUGCAGGACUUGUAUAGAGUAAUAAUGUGUGCAUGUGCGCAUGUGUGAGAGAGAGUGCGAGAGAUGCAGUAUUCAGUACUGGCAAUUACAGUCAUGCUCUGCUGGCUUUUCUAUUAGAGAGUGUUGGCUGCAGCUGGGAUUGGUUAUUAUUUAUGUGAAUAUCAAGACUGAUUAACCUGGAGUACCUUACUGUGUAAAUUCAGCUUAUAUAUUAUCACAUGGAACUCUUGAGUCCACUACAAAGAAUGAUUUUAAUUUCAAAGUUUAUCGAAGGCUAAUUGAAUUUUGCUCAGUUGUUUACUUGGUAUUUGAAACUUUUCAAGACCUAUGCCCUAUGUCUCAUGCGAGCUUCAAGCAAUAAUUUCACAAGAUGACUUUAUAGUUUGCAGUUGUACAAGAGUAAUGAUUUAUAAUUUAUAUUCCCAGUAACUGAUGUCUCCCAGAACAGGACAGGACAGGUUCCCCUUUGAGUCAGGUUCCUCUCAAGGUUUCUUCCUGAUGUUGCUACUGGUGCAUCUGGUUUACUCGUUAGGGACAUCCAGAAUUCUAUAAAGAUGCUUUGUGACAGUCUGUUGUUAAAAAUGUUGAAAUUGAAGUUGAAUUCAAACUAUGAUGCUAAGGGGGGGAGGUUAAUCAAGGGGUUCUUUCUAUGGUUAUGGAUUCUAUUUUCCUGAAAAGGUUUUAGCUUGUAACAUCUUCUGAUAGGGAAACACUGUUGUUGAGUCCUACUCAGAAACUUGAAAGGUUUCUCCAGAAGGACUCAGAUAUUCAGAUUGAUUAUUUAUUUAUUUAUUUAUUUAUUUUUAUUUUACAUGAAGAACAAAAUGAAGAACCUAUUUAUUGCCAUGGUCAGUACCAUUGCACUCUUUAUCUUGGCUAUUUCAUCAGAUAAUUGCAUCAGAUUGUGUUCUGCUUGGUAGUCCUUCUCGAGUGCUUCAACCAGCUGCAUGAUGUUCGAUGUGUUAGCCAUUAAUAUGGAAAACAGGAAGCAUAUUGAAUAUGGUAAGCAGCUGAGGCAUUUUUCUGAAGGCUUGGUAAACAUUACACGCUAGCGGUCAUUUGCAGUCCAUGAAACCGGCUUAAACUCAUUACAGAUAUAAGCACGUACACUGUGUUCAAACUCUGAGCACUUUUAGCUAAGGGCUUAUUUAUCUCCUGUUUGAGUUACUGUCAUUGUAGUAGCCUAUUUUUCAGCCAUCAAGGAAUCCCUCUUCUUCCCUCCUCUGUUCUCUGAUUUGUUUUUUUUUUUUUGUUUUUUUCUCUCUGCUCCCACCCCAAUUGCCAGUCUGUCAUCAGUGUUGUCCUUUUGAGGCUAAGAAUUGAGGGUAGUGGGGCAGCAAGAUAUAUGUGGAGAAUGGGGACAAGCUCCUCUUGGGGGGAAAGUCAACAGUCUGUGUUAACAACACAGAACUACCUCACCCUGACUUUAGCUUGUUUCCUAUUGAAAUCCACCUGUAUGUGAGUGGAUGUAUAUCAGGAUUCAAACACUUCAUGUUGUUCAUAUUGAAGCUUGGCCAGAUCAUAAGUACCCUGUUUUAUUGAUUGAUUUACACUUCAUUAGGUACACCUGCACACAGUUAUCUUAUCAGCCAAUCAGGAAGCAGCAGUGCAAUGCAAACAAAAAAUCCCCCCAAAAAAUCAUGCAGUCAUGUGACUAACCAUGGCAUGGCUGUUGAUACUAGACGGGCUGGUUUGAGUAUUUCAUAAACUGCUGAUCUCCUAGGAUUUUCUCACACAACAGUCUCUAGAGUUUAUACAGAAUGGUACAAAAAAAAAAAAAACAUUGAGUGAGCAACAGUUCUGUGGGUGGAAACCCUUUAUUAAUAAGAGCGGUCAGAGGGAAAUGGCCUGAGUAGUUUGAGCUGCCAGGACGGAUAUAGUAACUCAAAUCACUCUUUACAACCAUGCUGAGCAGAAACUCAUCAAAUCUUAAUGUGGAUGGGCUACAAGAAAAGACCACAUUGGGUUACACUCCUGUCAUGAACAGGAAUCUGAGGCUAUCAUGGGCACAGACUGGCCAAAACUGGACACUUGCACAUCAGGGGGAAAAAAUAACGUGUUUUUCCCCCCCAGUCUUCAACGGUCCAGUUUGGGUGAGUCUGCUCAGGACACUUGUAAAUAGUGCUUAUUUGAGUUACUACAGACUUCCUGUUACCUCAAACCAGUCUGAGUCAACAAGGUGUUUCAGCCUGCAGUCCGUCUGCUCACAGGAUGGUUGUUGUUGUUGUUGUUGUUGUUGUUGUUGUUGUUGUUUUUCGCAGCAUUUUGUCUAAACUCUAAAGAUUGUUCUGUGUGAAAUUCCCAGGAGAUCAGCAAUUAUAGAAAUACUCAAACCUGCCCAUUGGCACCAACAUCCAUGCCACAGUUAAACUCACACAGAUCACCUCCUCCCCAUUCUGAUGUUUGAUGUGAACGUUAACUGAAGCUCUUGACCUGUAUCUGUAUGAUUUUUUUUUUUUUUUUUUGGAUUCCACCGCACUGCCACAGGAUUGGUGAGUGUAUUUAUUAAAUAACACAUUUAUUCAUUUAUGCACCUGGUUGUAAUGUUGUUUAAAAAAAAUUAUAGACCUGUUAUACUCCAUAUAAUUUCAAAGACACCUAAAAAUUUUAAUAUUGCCAUACAGUGUCUCUGUCUUUUCAUUUGAGGCUUCUGUUUAUAUUUUCAGCCAGAACAAAGUCUCCCAGUCCUGCCCCUUUACCUUAAAAGGCUAUUUUUUUUAACUGUAUCCUAGCGACCUUGAAAGAAAGUUUGGUUUCAUGUUCAGUUGUUUGGUAACAGCACAACAAAAGUGUAGUUAUCUCAACUUGUGUGUGCGCUUUUAGAACUCCUGAUGGUUUGUUCAUCAGGGGGAAAAAAACUAGGCUGAGUGUGUUUUCUAUUUUGCUUCUUUUCAGUGAGGCAAAGUGUUCCAGAAAAAGCUCUUUUGUAACUGUUUUACACUAAUUGAU